CCGCCGCCGGAACCCAAAGCGCGAGGUCGCAGCCACCAAGGGACUUACGUUCGCGCAGCACCGCCCCCGCGUGACCCUCUGGCCGCUUCCGGCACGGAAGGACAAUGUGGGCGACGCGCGGAGUGCUGCGGCCCUGGGCCCUCGGCUUGGCGUGGUCCCCGGGGACCCGGGCCUACGGUGGGGGCGGGGGCGUCUCCUACACGCAGGGCCAGAGCCCAGAGCCGCGGACGCGCGAGUACUUUUACUACGUGGAUCAUCAGGGCCAGCUUUUCCUGGAUGACUCCAAAUUGAAGAACUUCAUCACCUGCUUCAAAGACCCGCAGUUCCUGGUCACCUUCUUCUGCCGCCUGAGACCCAACCGCAGCGGGCGCUACGAGGCCUCCUUCCCCUUCCUCUCGCCCUGCGGCAGAGAGCGCAACUUCCUACGCUGCGAGGACCGUCCCGUGGUCUUCACGCACCUGCUGGCCGCUGGCCCGGGGCCCCCGCGCCUCUCCUACUGCGGCGGCGGCGAGGCCCUGGCUGUGCCCUUCGAGCCGGCGCGCCUACUGCCCCUGGCCUCCAAUGGACGUCUCUACCACCCGGCGCCGGAGCGCGCGGGCGGCGUGGGCCUGCUGCGAUCGGCUCUGGCCUUCGAGCUCAGCGCCUGCUUCGAGUAUGCGCCCGGCGCGCCGGAGCUGCCCUCGCACGUGCACUGGCAGGGCAGCCGUUUCGCCCUCACCAUGGACCUGGCCCCGCUGCUGCUCGCCGCCCCGCCGCCCUGAGCGGCGGACUCGCAGCCGCUGGCGCCCCCAGCCCCGCUGCGCCCCCCCGGGCUGCGUCGCUGCGCACGCGCCACCCGGAGAGCGCGCUGUCCGAGUGCGCGUGCGCGGCGGAGGUGCGCCGCGGCCCCGCCCCGCCCGGC